CCUGCUCCUACAUCUUUCUAUAUCUACUAUGUGCUCUCUUUUAUCUGUUUGUCUGAGUGUUUGUGAUGCAAGUCUGUCUGUCUCUAACCCUGCCAUCAAUCUAUAUACCCUUUUUCAUUAUCUUUAUCUGUUUUCUCUCUCUCUCUCUCUGCUGAAGCUGUAUAUCUGUCUUUAUGUUUUGCUUUUGUCACCAAAUUGUACAUGCUAUAGUAUAUAUAUAUGUUAUGUAUGGAAGGGCGUCCAAGGACCCAAAAAAACGAGCACACACUCAGAUUUGAGGCGGCGUUCCACUCUGCUCUCACCCCGCGCUGUACAGUUGCUCCUCUGUAAAUUGAACUGAACGAUGUGAUUAAGCCCAGUAAGCCCUUCUUAGAUGUUGUACUGUGUGAUCGCUCGCUUUUAUCCCAUUCCACCUCACAUAGCCCACCCAAAACUCCCGCCUCCCAAAACUCUGUACAUAAAUCUUUAAUAUGCAGUCCCUCAUUUUCAUUUUAUUUCUCAGUUCCGUUCCGUUCCGGUUCCGUUCAUUCCUUUAUGUUUUUUCCAAUCCCAUCCUUACCAAACGUUUUGGCAUGGUGUCUGUCAAACUCCUCUUUCAUUCAGUUUUUCUUUCUGUCUUCAUGUGGACUUCUUUUCAUUCGUCUUUAGUACUUUACCAUGUGUGUGUCUCUACCCCUACACCCCCUCCUGAGCCAGAAUUAAUUUUCAUGGCAAUUUGGUCCAUUGUCUGUCCUGUUGGCAUUUGUUCUACCACACAAAUACUCGUAUAUCACCAUAGCGAGAACAAUGAGGAGCUCACCAGAAGGGAACGUGCUUUUAGUUCCUUCACACCACACGGUUCACAUUUGGAAUUUCUGCUUGGGAAUUCCGCCGGAUUGCAGAUUGGGGGAUUGCAGUAAAUCGCAAGUCCUCAAUGGAGUGGUCACUGGUCCAAACACGUACUCGUGAAUGAAACAACUCUAUUUGUUAGCUCAAGACAAAACUGAAAAACAGCAAAACUAAAACAGAGCCAGGGCUACCCACUUGUCUUGCGGCCGCAGCCGAAGAAGCCGCAGCCCUGGCCGCAGACAACAAGAAACAGAAAGAAUGUAACACAAAUGAGUCGCACACCAAAAAAAAAAAAAAACCAAAAAACACACGGAACACGGACGAGCUUCUGACGGACCCCUAAGUGACCCCUGACUUACCCACAACGGACACACCCGAAACUCUCUCGAAAAAAAAAUAAUAUCAAUAAAACUCUUUGGUUAAAUGUUUAUUUUAAAUAAAAAAGAAAAAAUUAUUUAAAAAAAAUUAAAAAAAAAAAAUUAUAGCAAACAAAUAUAAGAAUAUAAUACCAAUGCAAAGCAAUGUUUCUCCCAUCAAUUUUUUUAGGCGUCGUACUCUUCUCAUCGGCGGUUUAUUUUGCGGAAGCUGGAAGCGAGAAUUCCUUCUUCAAGUCCAUACCCGAUGCAUUUUGGUGGGCGGUCGUCACCAUGACCACCGUUGGAUAUGGUGACAUGACACCCGUCGGCGUUUGGGGCAAGAUUGUGGGAUCACUGUGUGCCAUUGCUGGUGUGCUGACAAUCGCACUGCCGGUGCCGGUUAUCGUCAGUAAUUUCAAUUACUUCUAUCACCGCGAAACGGACCAGGAGGAGAUGCAGAGCCAGAACUUUAAUCAUGUCACUAGUUGUCCAUAUUUGCCAGGUACACUAGUAGGUCAACAUAUGAAGAAAUCAUCGUUGUCCGAGUCCUCAUCGGAUAUGAUGGAUUUGGAUGAUGGUGUCGAGUCGACGCCGGGAUUAACUGACACACAUCCAGGACGUAGUGCGGCAGCGGCUCAGUUUUUGGGAGCUCAGCAGCAGCAACAGCAGCAGCAACAACAGCAGCAGCAGCAGCAACAGCAGCAGCCAGCAUCGUCGACUUCAAUGUCGAUGUCGCUCGAUAAGCAGCUCCAGCAUCCCCUGCAGCAGCAUCCACUGCAGCACCCACUACAGCAGCAGCCGUACCAGCCGCAGGCGCAGGCGCAGCCGCAGCAUAGCGGCUUCAAGCAGCAGUCCACAAUAAGCACGAGCGCGGCGGCAACAACGAGUAGCGCCAGUACCAGCGCCGGUGCCAGUGCCAGCGGCAGCGGCGCCACCACCCUCACCAUGAGGCACAAUAAUGCCCUGGCCGUUAGUAUCGAGACCGACGUUUGACUACUGGUGCGAAGAAUGUUAAGUGGUAUAGAAUUGGCCUUGACAAGAGUUACGUUGGAUGCCAGAAACGACUACAAAGAAAGCUGUUUGUAUUUAAUUUAAGUAGAACAAAUAACAAAACAAAUUUAAUCUAUGGCUAAAUUAAUCUAAAUCCUAAUUUAUAUUUAAACUACAUUUAAUUAAAUUAUAAACUUAAACUUAAACGUGAACAACACACAAGCAAAAGCAUACUCCCAAACCCAA